UGUAAUAAGGUGGCCUGGCGAGACCAGGGCCUGGCCACAGGUUGGGGCCGUCUCAGAUCAGUUCGUCUCCAGAUUUAAUCAAACACCAUUCCUCUUGUCUUUCGCCUCUCUUCUUUUUCUUCUCCUUCUUCCCCAUCCUCAUCGCUUCUCUCUGGUAGAGUCCAUUCUUUUGCUUUCUGCAUUUUCAGUGUCAAGAGACACUCGUUCAUUCCUUCCUGUCAUUCUUUCAACCUGCUUACUUUUGGCGAAUUGAUUUCGCUCUCACUCUCUAUACAACACAUUCACUACAACACGACAUUGACUGUCAACACUCGCAAUGCGCUUUACCCCCCAACUCUCUCUUGCCCUUCUGGGUGCCCUAGCUGCCACUGGGGAGGCUGCCCACGGCCGUUAUGCUCGUCACGACAACCACCUGCAUCGCAGAGCCCUCACUGCGGGUGGCGGAGAUGCCGGUGAAGAGUCUACUACUAGCACCGUGACUGUUGUCCCGACCCCAGUAACAUCUGGAUCCGAGACUUCGUCGGUGGUAGCAUCAUCCUCGGCGCCUCCCGCUCCUGGUGCUGAGGACGAGGAGGACUGCGAUGAAUCUCAGACCCCAUCGAUCUCAGUGCCUGUGUCUUCUGCGGCACCUGAAUCGUCGGAAGUGGCCGCAUCAUCUUCCUCUGUUCCUGCUCCUCCUGUGUCUGAGCAGCCAUCUGAACCCGAACCUUCGUCGGUGCCCGCGUCGUCGUCCUCUGUCCCUCCUCCUGCUCCUCCUGCUCCCCCUGUAUCUCAGCAGCCUGGAUCUUCGUCGGUGCCUGUGGUGCCAUCUACGCCUGUGGCUUCAUCUACCCCCGUGGUUUCUUCCUCUGCUGCUGCCACAUCUGGGUCUAGCAGCUCUGUUAUUCCCCGGCCUAGCAGCACCCCCAUCAUUACCCCGGGCUCCAGCAGCAUCCCUGUCAUCCCCAGUAGCACUAGCUGGGUGACUGGAACUCCCAGCACGGAUGUUGUGACCGUGGUCUACCCCGUUGAAACGGGCAGCUCAAGCACUCUCGUCACGACCACCCUACAGGGCCCAGCGGCUACGAGUACUGCCUACGUGACAGGUGCCCCUAACACAGAGGUUAUAACUGUCACCCAAACCGUGGGUACAGGUUCUUCGGCGAGCGUUUCGACACAUGUCGUCACCGCCACCAUCCAGCCCCCCGAUGUUACUAGCACCCUCGUUGUUCCCGGCGCUCCUAACUCGGAAGUCAACACUGUCAUCUACACUGAGACCCAGGGUACUAAAACAAGUGUUAUCACUACCACCAUUCAUAAGACAACUACUAGCACCCAAACCGUCUACGAAACUGAGGGUGCAAAUGCUGGUGCCAACGCCGAGGCUACUGCUGGUGCAAAUGGCGGCUCUGGUGCUGACGAAACCCUUACUUCCACCACCACUACUACUUACUCUCUUCACCCCACUGAGUCUGGGAACGCUGGAGCUGACGCUGGCCUUGGCUCUGGAGGCUCCGGCUCCGGCUCCGGUUCUGGAGAAUGUGCUCCCCAGGAAACUGUCACUGUAACUCAGUCCUUCACCGUCACUGUGAAUGGUGGAUCAUCUCCUACUGAUUCCUUCACUGCUCCCGACACCGAGCAGCACGUCUCUUCCCUGGCACCUGAGCAGACUCUAUCAACCCCCAUCAUUCCCGGGUCUUCGUUCACGCCUUCGCCUACUCCUUCUGCUACCCCCUCUCCAUCCUGGACGCCCACGCCCAGCUCAAGCGGCUUCGUGACCAGUAGCCGUAGCCCGUCCCCUUUCAACUGGCGCCGCCGCAACCUCUAAGCAAGUCGGAAGGUUCAGGAUAUAGGGAUGGUCGUUCUGAACUAAGUAUUCAGCGAAUGCACGGAACCAGGUGUAUCAAUCCCUGACGAAACCAAACGACACAAACGUUAUCUAGAGUUGUUGUCUUUUAUGGCCUUCAUUUCUUUCACCGUGACUCAAGUUAUCGUCUUCCGCGAUUAUCUUCUCACUUAGUAGAGUCUAUCGGAUUCUACACUUUUGUCCCCUUUUUUUUUUCUUCUUUUUGUUGUCUUCUUUAUUUUGUAUGUAUGUUAAAAGCCAUCAAUCAUGCUUGACGACCGUCAACUUGCCUCUUAACAACAUACACCCCAG